UCCUCGUCUUUCAUCGCACCAACAUUCGCGGUUCGUGAUUCUUCUCCCUACUGCGUCGAUCACAUUCAUCAUCUGCCAAUAGCGACCCCCGAGGAGAGCUUCGAGUUGAUGACAAUCGUGAACAACGAUGCUGUCCCGCCUCUCCCCGCGCACGCUCACGCUCACGCCCACGCGCACAUGGGUCACUGCGACUCUUGGUGCUGCAGCAGCAGCUCAGCAGCGCAUGGCGCCCUCCGUCGUUUCAUGGCAGGGCGCCGUGGGGACGAGGAUGAGCAGCUCAGUCACCUCACCGCGUGGCUGCGUGAGCAGCACCGCGAUGCAUCAGCCUCAGCCUCGCACCCUCUCAUUGCCUCGCGAUGCGCUGCGACUGCGACGACAGCCCCUUGGUGCAUGCAGCAGCGCCGUCCCGCGCCUCUCGCAACAUCGAAGCAUCAGCCAAGGCGAGGGGAAGGAUGGUGAUAGUGAUGCUGCUGCUGCUGCAAAGAAUGCCGCGUACGAUCCGAAAUGGCCGCCAGAAUCGCCUCCAGAAUCGCCGCCAGAAUGGCCGGAAGAAUGGCCAGCGCCGCGUCAACGCUUGGCUCUGCUGUACGUGCCUGGCAGCUCGCAGAAGAUGGUGGACAAGGCAGCAUCGUCGCAGGCAGACACCAUCAUCUUCGAUCUCGAGGACAGCGUGGCUCCCGAAGCGAAGGAGGAGGCCAGGAGAAUCGUGGCAAAGGCUUUGCAAGGCCCUUGCGGACAAGCGCAAGAAAAGGCUGUCCGCAUCAACUCUGUCCUCGGAGCGCGCAAGGAAUCGGAAAAGGAUCUGCAAGCCAUUCUGCCCUGUCCCGGUCUCGAUACCAUCGUGAUCCCAAAGGUCGAGUGGCUCUUUGACAUCUGCGAGGUGUCGCAGAAGGCACUCGAUCUGCGUCCAAAGCACCUACCUAGACUCCAGAUCAUUCUCUCUGUAGAGUCACCCGGCUCUCUGAUGAGGAUGGACUCGCUGCUGCGCAAUUUCUAUGAAGCCGAUGGUAAGCCUUUCAUAGGCGAAGUGUAUCCUCUUUUUCAUGAGGAGGGCAUUGCUGCCCUCUUGUUCGCCAGUGAAGACUACUGCGCGGCUAGCGGCAUCCAGAGGAGCCGCUCCAGAAAGGAAUUGCUGUUCCCCAGAGCGCACAUGGCCACAAUCGCAAAGGCGCAUGGCCUCGCAGCGAUCGAUAGGGUGUGCAUCGACUACAAAGACGAAGAGUAUCUUCGCGAGGAAUCGUUGGAAGGCCGUUCGAUCGGCAUGGACGGUAAGCAAGCUAUUCAUCCCUCUCAGGUCAAGGCCAUUCAGAAAGCAUUUCUGCCAAGCGAAGAGGAUAUCGAACGUGCCACGCGCAUUCAGGAGGCUUAUGAGUCGUCCAUCGCAGCAGGCGCGGGGGCAGUGGGUCUGAAAGAGAAAGAUGGGUCCACCAUCAUGAUUGACACUCCCAUGCUCUUGCAAGCACGAACGACCCUUCGCAAGGCACGCGCAGCAGGUCUCGAUGUGCCUGAUCCUGACGCUUAGUGUGCUCUUUGGGUAUUCUGCAUCCACGGUUUCUGGGCAGCCUGAAGAGCUUGCAGCUCGUCUGGCCCGCGGCUGAAGCCUCUGCUCUUGCCUCGUGGGUAUGGAAAGACGCGUCGCGCAAUGCUUUGUACAAUCUUAUACUUUCGCCGUGUACCAACACAUCCAUGUUUGAGGCGGACUUGGCAAAACCAUCACAUUGCUCGCUCGCGCUCAAUUUGUUGCCACCUCGUUCAGGUGUGAAGGCGAGCUAUCAUCUGCCCAAUGGUGAUUCCUAGCGUUGCUUCGUGUCAUUCCGGCUCAAGG